GGCAUGUUUUAGAAACAUUAUUACUGAAUUAUGUGAUUAAUUCUUUCUUGCAAAACUGUAAUAGUUGUUAAAUGUUCCAAACAAUGCGAGUAUAGAGUUAGGGAUUAGAAAGCAUAUUGUAGAGUUGUUCUGUUAGGAUAAGAAACUGCCAGCAAAACAAAGACAGAUUUAGCAAACAUCAAAGAAGUCAGGGCCUCUAACAAGGCCGAACUGUUUCAGUCCGUGAGAAGGUUGGGUGUGAAGGCAGGCACCAGGAUACUCCCCUGUCUUUCUCCUGAGGUGCUCUUUGUAGAAAGGACAAGCAGACAUCUGCAAAAUAAUGAUCAGGUGUGGAAUAAGUUAGUUAAUUAACUACAGAUUUACGCUUAUGCAGCAAAAAUUUAUGUUUGUCCAGUGUUUCCAUGUUUAGUGAAGCGUCGAGAAGAUUGUGAACCUGAAGUACUGAGCCAGUGAGGAACCAGGGGAGAAGAUCAGCGUCGGGGAAUAGGGAAUAAAAGAGGUAACUCUGUUUUCUGUGAGCUCUCCUGCUUGCAGGAGGCCCGCCAUUGCAAUAGCGAAUAAAAUCUGCUUUAUCAGAGAUACCGUCCUAGAAAAUUAUUUGGGUAUUUCCUACAGCGUGCACAGUGUUUUUGAGGAAAGUACUGAGAAAUCAUUUCUUAGAGUGCAAAUCAUUUCUUAGAGUGCUUUUCCAGCCAGGGAUGUGUGCAUGUGCUGAGUGCUCAGGUGAGCAGACUGGCACACCUGGGGGACGAAAGGCAAGGGGGGGGUCUGCAGGUUGGAAAUGAAGGGCUGUGCUGAGGAAAGGCUUUGCUGUAUGUUUCUGCCUGCUCUGAGUCCUGACCAGAAAAUACACCGAGUGUGUUUAUCCAUCCCUGUGGGGUGGUGGUGCACACCGACAGGGCCAGGCGGGGUCCUGAGUUGUGGGUGCUGGCAGGCAGGGACUGGGGAGAACGGGGAGACAAAAUCUGUGUGCAGAACCGUUCCAGCAUGGUGUAAAAGCUGUUGCCCAGGCAAUACGUUUACUGUAGGCAGUGCUGAAGAUGGACCCGCCUUCCUAUACUCUUGUUUGGUUGCGUUCUGUGUGUGGGUAAUGCUAACGGUGCUGCAUCCCAACAUGCUUUUGGUAAUCCUGGGCACUGGCAGGUCUGUGUUUGAGCGUGCGGAGGUCCUUAAGAGCAACGCAAGCUCAUUCUUUGGGUUCUCCUUUUCUCUUAAUCGCUUAGUCUUUGUCGCUUGUUUUAGUUACUGAACACCAGUGUCCCGAAUUAACACCAGAAGCCGUCCCGCUCAGGCGGGAAGGGGGCGCUGUGCCCGGUCGGGCUCCUCAAGAUGGCGGCCGGCGGCGCCGCUCUGGCCGCGUUGGUGGCGCUGGUCGCGGUGACGGCGGCGCUGUGGCGGCGGCGGCGGGCGGUGCGCGGUGCGGGCCGGGUGUGCGUGGCGGUGCUGGGCGACCUGGGCCGCAGCCCGCGGAUGCAGUACCACGCCUUAUCGUUGGCCCGGCACGGACGCGGCGUCUCGCUGCUGGGAUACUUCCAGACGAAGCCGCACCGCGACGUGCUGAGCAGCGGGGAGAUCCGCGUGGUGCCGCUGUCGGAGCUGCAGUGCUUGCGAGUUGGGCCAAAGCUUUUGCAGUACGUUGUGAAAGUCAUUGCACAGACUGUGCAGUUACUGCACACGAUGCUGAGGAUGGAUCCGCCCUCCUAUGUUCUCCUCCAGAAUCCUCCAGGUUUGCCCAGUAUAGCUGUUGCCUGGGUUGCCUGUCUUUUCUGGAGAAGCAAGCUGAUAAUUGAUUGGCACAAUUAUGGAUACACUAUCAUGAGUCUGAAUCAUGGAAAGAAUCACCCGCUAGUGCUCAUUGCAAAAUGGUAUGAGAAGCUUUUUGGGCGUUUGUCUGACUAUAACCUGUGUGUCACUGAUGCCAUGAAGGAAGAUCUGCAGGUGAAUUGCAACAUCAAAGCAGUAACGUUGUAUGACAGGCCAGCUUCUUAUUUUAAGGAAACACCAUUAGAACUUCAGCAUCAAUUGUACAUGAAACUUGCCAAAGACUAUGAACCAUUUAAGCCACAGCAUGUUACAGAGUCUGUCAGUUGGAAUGCUGAGAGGUCUGCCUUUACAGAGAGGGAUGAGAAGAGUGGGGAUGUGAUGAAAAGCAGAGGACGGCCAGCUCUUCUCAUCAGCAGCACCAGCUGGACAGAGGAUGAAGACUUUUCAGUCCUUCUGAAGGCAUUAGAAGGUUAUGAGCAGUAUAUCAAUGAGGGAGUCAAGCUUCCAGCCUUAGUAUGUGUGAUAACAGGUAAAGGACCCCUAAAAGAGUACUACAAUGGCCUGAUAAAGAAACUGCACUUUAAACAUAUCCGGAUCUGUACACCAUGGCUGGAAGCUGAGGAUUACCCAGUUUUACUUGGCUCAGCAGACUUGGGUGUGUGUCUCCAUAAAUCAUCUAGUGGAUUGGAUUUACCUAUGAAGGUGGUGGAUAUGUUUGGCUGUUGCUUACCCGUGUGUGCAAUAUAUUUUGAAUGUUUACAUGAACUUGUGAAACACAAUGAAAAUGGGCUGAUAUUCAGGGAUUCAGAUGAACUUGCAGAACAACUGAAGAUGCUUUUCUUGGAAUUUCCCACGGUGGAAAGCAAACUCCAUGAGUUCAGGAAAAACCUUCGUGCAUCCAAGCAGCUGAGCUGGGAUGAGAGUUGGGACCAGACUGUUCUUCCUUUACUUAGCCAGACUGAAUGACUUUUUUGGAGAUGUUGUGUCAAAAAAGCUACCAGAUGUAUGCAGCUCCAGGACUGUCUUAAGUGGUGAAUAAACAUUUGGUAUUGUUUACAACUGUAAUUUU